CGGCUUCAACGAUACCACCAGUACACCGUCAAAUGCACCAUUAAAUCCAUUAACAGCAAAUUUAACUCAAUAUUACAAACAAUGUAGGAUUAGUUAUAUCCAUAUUAAGACUUUACAAAUUACUUGGUUGGAUUGUCAAAUGUUAACAUUGACCUACGGUAAAUCGGUAUUAAGUUGUUUCAUAGUUCUUAUAAAACCGCUUUAUGAAGGCUACGUUGAAACUGCUAAAGUGUUACUAGCUCGAGGUGCAAGUGUGUACAUUUCAGACAAGAUUGAAAAUAGAGCAAAUGCACUUACCUUGAAGGACCUUGAUAGUGAUGAUGAUGGUGUCAACGAUGAUGACGGAGGCAACAAUUAUGAUAACAUAGAAGAGGAAGGUAAAGGUGAUGAGACAGCACCACAUUUAAAAAAUGACAUGGCAGCGAAAGAGAGUAAAAUUCCUUUGGUAUUAUUUUCAUUGGCAGUUUUGGAAUGUUUUUGUAAUCCUUGCCUUUUCACCAUUGGUAAGAUGAAAGAUCCCAAUGUGCGUCAAGCUUGGCGUAAAAAAGUGGCUUUGGUGGAGACAAGAGUUUUUAAGGAAGAUGUAUUUGAAAAAUUUGGAAUCGGGUCAAAAGUGCAUAUUAUUCAUGGCAAACUCUAUAAUACUGGACUUUUGGCUACCAAUGUCCUUUUGUCCCUAAAUGAUGGACCAUUUGCGAUAUGGCGAUUGAAACGUAAAAUCCAUUGUUAUAUUGUCAUACUUCCACAGAUUAAAGGAACUAGAUGUGAAAAUAAGCGAAACUAUCUUGAUCCUUCAAAUGAGGAUAAGUUGCUUGGAGAUGAUAGCGUUACAGAAUGGCUUCGAGGUCUCCUCGGAGACGUUGAAAGAACAACCAUCGGAUGUUUCGCGAAUAGUAUAAUGACAGUCCAUUUGAUUGGUUUCUAUAAUUGCAGCUACAUAAAAUAUCAAGAUGAUGAUACGACAUCACACCUUUUAUUAUUAGUCACGUGUUAUUCGGAAGGUGAAUAUUCAAUGCACACAACACUUGAUUCAUUGACCAGUACGGAUUAUUCUGACAAGAACAAAUUAUUAAUGGUAAUCGCUGGUGGUGACAUAACCGGAUCAGAUAACGAUAAAACAACUCCGGAGAUAUGCGAGGAUUUAAUUGAACUAUUCAAUUUAUCUAGUUUCGAGUCUCCGACACCGCAGUCAUAUUUAGCCGUAGGAGAAAGUAAAAAGCAACACAUUAUCGGAUAUAAUUGUAAUGGACAUCAUGUUCCAAUUUGUUUUAUUAAUAAAGAUGGCACACCAGAAGGAUGA